AUGUGGUGGGAUGAGCGGGGGCUGAUGGGGUGCGUGCCUGAUCGGCCCCACGGGAGGAAGCUGAAGGCCGUGGUGGACUUGGACUGCGAUUAUCUGAGAUCUCUCGUUCUGGAGGGCUUCUCGCGUCGUCCUGAGUGGGUGGUACAAGGCCGGCACAGUGAGGAGCCGGGGGAGGAUGAAGCUGCAGAUUUGCGGAACGAUUUGGGAGGUGGCCCUCUUUUGUACUGGGGUGAAUAUGAGAGGAUCAACUGGUCAGCCAUCGAGAGGGGAGAUCAGCAUUGCAACUGCUACUGCAUCCGCAAGGGCCUCAUACGGAAGGCCCAGUUUGCGCACAAUUUGAAAAAGUGGUCCCUGAAAAGGCCCGAAGGCUGGAUCGCCAGGUCUCUGCCAGAGACCCACAUCAUGGACGUUUAUCACCCAGACUACCUGGAAGAGGCGCUCUAUGAUGUCCCAGAGAGGUGA